AUGGCAACCAGGGACAAACAACAUAAGCACUGUCAAACGAUAGCAUCCAGUCCAGUGUCAGGGAUAAAAGGAAUGUACGACGAGACUGUGGAAGUGAAUGCUAGAGAGAUAGAAAGCCCUAGUUCAGACGAGGAAGCUGUGAAAGCCGCCAUGGCGAAGUUUAAUCCACCGGUGAGACACACGGCCAAACACGACUUUGACUCUGAGAGUGAAAGUGAUUCCAGUCCUGAGAAAUUUGGUAACGUUUCUGAAGAAGAUCAGUCGCCAGAAAGAAAAUCGGAGCAUGAAGAGCCGAAGAAAACUAAGGACAGUGACUUAUCGAGACAGUCUAGCAAACGUCACGACUCUUCGAAUUCGGACACGGAUAGCGCGGACGUUGGUGUCGAGAUAGCGGAUCCUCUCGCCGGUGCGGGGAGUGGGAAGAAACGAGGCGUGGUGAUACCAGCCGACGGUGCUUAUGACCCCAAGCAGUUCCAGGACUUGAAGGUGCCUCCAGAGCUGGAGAAUGUGUUCCAGUAUAUUAUGAAGUACACACCACAAAAGAUCGACAUAGAGUUCAAGUUGCAGCCGUUCGUGCCGGAGUACGUGCCGGCCGUGGGCGACACCGACGCCUUUAUCAAGGUGACGACGCCCGCGGCCGGCCUGCGCGGGGAGACGCUCGCCGACCAAGCUCUCGAACAUAUCGAUAAUUUGGGUUUAACAGUUUUAGAUGAACCUGCAGCGGAACAGAGCGACUCGGCCCUUUUGCAUUUACAGUUAAGAGCAAUUUCAAAAACAACAAGCGCUAAGUCCACCGUGUUGACCCGCAAAAUAGACAGUGCUGAGAAGAACCCAAAAGCGAUCGAGCGCUGGAUAAAAGACGUGAGCGAGCUGCACUCGGCUAAGCCCGCGCCCACAUUCACCUACACGUGUAAAAUGCCAGACAUAGAUAAUUUAAUGGAGGAAUGGCCAGACACCAUGGAAGAUACGCUCAACGAAGUCGGCUUCCCUCCUGCCAACAUCGACUGCUCUCUCUCCCAGUACGUGGAUUUAGUCUGUGCGAUAUUUGACAUUCCAGUGCAAGGUGACACUUUAAAUGACAGGAUACAAGCUCUACAUUUGUUAUUUAAUCUGUAUUCUGCUGUGAAAAAUUCACAAUUAUAUGCUGAAAGAGAGAAAGAGAAAGGUGUUGGUGGU